GCUUUCGAAGGUUGGUAAACAAGCAUGGCUCUCGGUACAGUUCGCGAUAGCCCAAUAAAAUGCAUAUUUUUCUGCGAAUUUCAUCCAACGGCUGGGCCGAAGAUAAUGUACCAGGUUCCCGUGAACUACAUCAGCGAAGAAACGUUCAGCGCCAUCAGCGUCUACCUCAUACCGAAGCCCGAACUUCAGCACAAGUUGAUCACUGUGAACAUGUGCGAAAUGAAAGUGAUCGGCUAUCCAGUGGGGAUUGACAGCGCCGAAUAUGACAGGAACAGGCUUAUGUUCAACCUCUGCUUUGUCUGUGACGCCAAAAUGCGUACAAUCCAGUACGAGCCGAUCGUGAGAAAGUUGGCAAACUACCUUACCACCCUUGAACAAGAGACUAAUUUCAUCCGCAAUGACGCCAAGAAGUGCCAACUGCCGGAAAUCAUGUCGAAGAUCCUCCACGACUUGAACAUCAAGCGGAGCUGUUCAAUUCCAAUAAAUGAAUCAACUACAAUUUACCUGAAAGUGACCACAGUGCAUGAAGCCCCUCGGUUGGUGUCAGACCAUGAUGUGCCAAUCUUUACAGCCAGUCGCCCUGCGUGCACACCCUCUCAGUGGGACCUCACUACACAACAAUGGGAUAUCACAGCAAUGCAGAUACUGCCAUACAUUGAUGGCUUCAGGCAUGUGGCCAAGAUUGCAGUUGAAGCCGAUGUUGAAGUUAGCCUAGUCAAAGAGUGCAUCCGGAACAUGCUGUAUUAUGGCAUAGUGCAGCUGAUUCCUCUAUUCCUCUACUCUGCUGUGUAUGCGACGACACCAGAAAUCAGGACUCUUGCAACAGACACGCAUGUCCAAAAGGAGUGCAUUUCCUAUGUUGCCAGACAAGAUAUAUCUCUUUCUCACUCAAUGGAUGGAUGCAAGAACUUGCUUUUUUGGAAGAACUUUAUUGUCGCUCAAGGUCGACCAAGGCCAACAUUUAGGUCAAUUUUCGAGAUGUACUGCAGUUUUCACCUGAGCAAUAGCGUUCGGGAUGUCUGCGCCCGGACUAAUCCACACAGCCUUGGAAUAGAUGAAAGAAAGCUUGUACAGUAUGGUGUUAUGAAGGGCCUCCUGCGUCGUCUGCACAAGUACCCAAUAGACCUGAAGCGGGCAGGAGACAGCACUUCUAAGAUGAAAUCUGUGUCCAGGUAUUUUGAUGGAGCUCACAGCUACGACGACAUAUGUGCCAAGACAGGGAUGAGCUACAAAGAGCUGGAUGAUAUACUUGACAAGGAUCCCAAUGUGUGCGUGUGUUGGAAGUAACCAGACAUGUUUGGCGCACCAGCUGUGUACAUAUGUUAUCAAAUAAAAUCUAUGAAUAAAUGUA